AUGUCGGAGGAGCCCCGUUUUUCUCUCUCUCCUUCAACGGACUCUGUUGAAUCAUGCGGCAACGCAAAGUUGGCGGACGCUUCGCGUCACAUUCUGAUGCCUGUGGACGAUAGCAAACAUAGCGAGCGUGCUUUUCGGUGGUAUCUGGAUCACAUCAUGAGACCGGGUGAUGGAUUAUAUUUGACGCAUGUUGUUGAACCUAUGUCUCCAGGUCUUGACUAUGCAAAGGCAAGCAAAUCACCUGCAAUAAAAGAGGAAUUCAAUCGUCAUAUUAAUGAACUGGUUCAGGGAGGUCGGGUGCUCCGAGCGAAAUUCAUUGCCGAGUGUGAAUCCCGCGAUUUACCAGCGAAGUUCACACUUCACGUGGGCUCCAAACCGGCUGAGCACAUUGUCCGUGUUGCGCAGGAACAUGGAUAUGAUAUGAUAGUCAUGGGAAACCGUGGUGUCGGAACUAUUCGACGGACUUUUUUGGGAAGCGUCAGUGACCACAUAAUACAUAACGCAGGCCUGCCUGUUAUCAUUGUACCCCCUCCAAAAGUUCCAAAGAAGAAAUAA